GCCGGGCGGCGUGGGGCCGGGGGCCGUUCUUCAGGCUUCAGAACCUCAGAAUCCUUGACUUGAGCCUCAUCUUCCCAGCCCUUCCCUCCAAACGGCUUGAAUUGAAGUGAUAUAUAUAUAUAUAUAAAGACUAGAAAGGUAGGGACACUUUAGUCCCACUGUGACUGUUACUCAUGAGUGUUAGUUUUAUCCUUAGUAGCUGAGGCCUUUUCUCUGUAAUGACCCCUUGAAAGCAUACUUGUGGGGCAGCCGAUAGAAUGUGUUAACACCAGCAGUGUCCGCUCCACCCCGCAUGAGUGCUCUAGUCCAGGUUUGGGUGGGCGGUACACAUUAGGCAAGGGCUUGUUGGUUCGUGCUAUGUCCAGCAAUGAGAAAUCGAAUAGAUCGUGUUCUCAGAUUCGAUGGCUCUCACCUAGGAAAGAAAAGUCUUGUGUAGGGUGUCGUACGGGUUAGUUAUGAUGGAGGCCCCUAACUCGCUAUGGGGAGCCUCUGGGGCAGAACACAGGCAAAACAUACACAUGGCCCACUGUACUCUGGGACACUGUGCCUGAAGUUGUCCUGCCAGGCCCAGCUGGUGUUCUGUGGUUGCUUCUGCUCUUUUGUCCCCAGACACGCCGGAAAGCUGGCCCUCCUGUCUCUGCCAUGGCCUCGUCAGUGUCCUGGGGUUCUUGCUGCUGUUGCUCACCUUCCCCAUUUCCGGCUGGUUUGCUCUGAAGAUUGUGCCCACCUAUGAGAGGAUGAUUGUGUUUCGACUGGGCCGGAUCCGUAACCCCCAGGGGCCUGGCAUGGUUCUUCUCCUGCCCUUUAUUGACUCCUUCCAGAGGGUGGAUCUGAGAACCCGAGCCUUCAACGUUCCUCCUUGCAAGCUGGCCUCUAAGGAUGGGGCCGUGCUGUCCGUGGGAGCUGAUGUCCAGUUCCGCAUCUGGGACCCAGUGCUAUCCGUGAUGGCUGUGAAGGACCUGAACACAGCCACUCGCAUGACAGCCCACAACGCCAUGACCAAGGCCCUACUCAGAAGGCCACUGCAGGAGAUCCAGAUGGAGAAGCUCAAGAUCGGUGACCAGCUCCUGCUGGAGAUCAAUGACGUGACCAGAGCUUGGGGACUGGAGGUCGACCGUGUAGAGCUGGCAGUAGAGGCUGUGCUGCAGCCACCGCAAGACAGCCUGGCUGUGCCCAGCCUGGACAGCACCCUCCAACAGCUGGCCCUCCACUUGCUAGGGGGAAGUAUGAACUCAGCGGUCGGACGUGUUCCGUCCCCAGGGCCAGACACCUUGGAAAUGAUAAAUGAAGUAGAACCUCCUGCCUCUCUUGCUGGGGCUGGGACUGAGCCCAGACCGAAGCAGCCCGUGGCUGAGGGGCUCCUCACUGCCCUGCAGCCCUUCCUGUCAGAGGCACUGGUCAGCCAGGUUGGGGCCUGCUACCAGUUCAACGUCAUCUUGUCCAGUGGCACCCAGAGUAUCUACUUCCUGGACCUUACUACAGGACAAGGCCGAGUGGGACAUGGAGAGCCUGAUGGCAUCCCUGACGUGGUGGUGGAGAUGGCCGAAGCAGACCUGCAGGCCUUGUUGAGCAAGGAACUUCGGCCCUUGGGGGCCUACAUGAGUGGGCGGCUGAGGGUGAAGGGUGACCUGGCCGUGGUCAUGAAGCUGGAGGCUGUCCUCAAGGCCUUGAAGUAACCGUGUUGGUUGUCCAUCAGACACCUAGCCCUGAACCUGGGGCCAAGGCAGAGAAGCCUCUUGGAAUAGGAGGCGUUGGUUUGGGCCAUGGAAAGCUGAGACCUGAAAAUGUUUCAGGCCCAACAAGGAGCCCGGGAGGCUGGGCGAUAUCUAUGGCUGGUCACAACUGAGUCAGGUGUACUGCAACUUAGCCUGUGGUAGUUCUCUGGACAGGCCUUUGCACAUUCAGUCCCCAACAAAUGCUUAGUCCUGAGUCGGUACCCAGAGUGAAGACAGAGAGCCUUCACUCUGAUAACCUGAGACCCAGCUGAUAACCUGACCGGGGAGACAAGAAGCACAGAAGCAGCCUGAAUGGCAGCCUGAGACCCAGCUGAUAACCUGACCGGGGAGACAAGAAGCACAGAAGCAGCCUGAAUGGCAGCCAUGUGAAGGAUCAAAGCACAUGGAUCAUGGCUCUGACAUUCAGGGAGAUCAGAGGGAAGGGAAUCAAGAAAAGGGCUACCACAGUGGUUCCAGGCGGCCCUGCCUUCCUAUUGGCAAGCCAGAGCAGGCUAGGUGGGUAGGGCAUGCGAUAGAACAAUUUGCUUUUCUUAUGGUCUGCUCCUGAAGACACCAGGUCUUAUCCUCCUGCUCCAUCCUGCAUGUUUGAGGAGCUGGGCUCAGGGCAGCAUGUGGGGGAGCCCUGCUGUUCUGUUCUUAUAAAGGCUUGGAGCCUCCAACAAAUAAAUGUGGCAUUUACAGUG